GUUUCGUCGCGACUUCUCUCCUCCUCCCUUUCUCCGAGUGUCUCCUCUGCGAAAUCAAACCGUCGUUCAACUGUCCGUCGAUUUUCAGGUUGCCGGUUAAAUUUUUCUCCGUUUAUGUUGGUUGGUGUGCAGAUAUAAUGUGGAAGCAAGUGGUUGGCAAGUAUUCUAUAGGUAAAGCAAAUUAUGGAAGUAACAGAGCAAAGCUUCAACCUUUCUUAUGUCAAACCAGUUGUGGGUUUCACAAUGGACGAACGGUUCUUGCUCCGAGGAGUUUCUUUGGCGUAGAAGACUACGUGGACGACGACACAAGCCGACCAUACACAUACCAAAAAGAGAAAAAAUCAAAGAACCCAGACAAACACGUCUCCUUCAAGCAACGCACAGUCGCAUACAUGGAGCCCUUCACUCUCGACGUCUUCAUCUCAAAACGGUUCGUCUCAGCGUCCCUCACCCACCGUGUCACAUGUAAGCAAGUCGCUGUCGCGGGAACGAACUCAAAAGACGUGAAAGCGGUUUUGAGGUCGAGAUGCGAUAUCCCCGCGUGUAUGUCCAUAGGGAGGAUCUUGUCUGAGCGUGCAAAAGAGGCUGAUGUGUACACAGCUUCUUACACGCCGCGAGACCAAGACAAGUUCGAAGGGAAGAUCAGAGCUGUUGUCCAGUCUCUUAUUGAUAACGGGAUCGAUGUCAAAAUCUAUCUGGAUUAGAGUCAUCUUGACGCAAGCGAGUCACUGCUCAUUGUUCAUUUCAUGACAAUUUCGUUUCUUAUCGUAAUCGUGACGAAUUGAAAGUUCUUAUAAACAGUGAUAUAAACCCUUUUUUUCCGGGAAA